UAAUGAGAGUGCCCAUUUAAAUAGUAGCUCCCACCUUCCUAUAUUUUUUUUCUCUGGUGUCUUCCAAAAGUAAAAACAUGUCAACUUUAUGAUGGAAACAUAAAGUAGACAUAUUGUAUAUGUGAAUCAAAAUAUAAUGUAUCUGUUAUGUCUAUUUUCCUUAUAAGCAGAGAGUUUCAAAGUUAGAAAAAUGCUAAAUAUUCAAAUUUUUCAUCAAAUUUUGGAAUUUGUCACGAAGAAAUGAUGCAAGUAUCGACAAAAUGUUACCACUAACAUAACGUAGAAUAUGUCACGAAAGAACAAUCUUGGAAUCAAAUUCAUAAGAACAAGCAUCCCAGAGUUAUUAAUGCUUAAAGUGACAGUGGUCAGAGUUGCAAAAAAUGCUCUGGUCCUUAAGGUCAAAAAUGGGCUCGGUCCUCAAGGGGUUAAACAGUGCAUAAACUGUCAAAAUCAAUACGUUGUCAAUAAAGAUGUUGUAUUGCGAAAAAAAAAAACUAGUGUUAUUCUAUACGAUUCGCUCCACCCAGACACAUUUUAUCCAAUGGAAACUUGCGGCUACCUUAUUGGGUCACGAGCAGUCCCUCCUUUCUGAGUAACCCCGCCCCUUCCAGAUUCCCACUGCAACUACGUUGGGCUAAUUUUUAUGUUUAUGCCACGCUGGCCCCGCCCUGUCGGCGACGUCACUGCUUGAGCCCGGUUAUUGUUGCAGGCCUCACGAAGUGGACCUAAGAGGGGAGCAAGGCGUCCGCCGUCCCGUGUGUGACCGAACCGGGAAGCGGAGGCCGUGAGGUCCGGCUGGGAAAUGGCGGCGGUGCCUUCCAGGCGCUCCCAGCAGCAGCAGCAACAACAAGUGUCCGGAACAGCAGGGCAGCAGCCUACACCGUCCUCCUCUCCUCCUCCCGCAGCCUCACCGCCGCCGCUCUCCCUAGAGUCCCCUCCUCAUAGCCCGGAGAUGCCUCCAGCUUCUCUGCGCCAGGGCCCGGAUUCUCAGCCUGAGGGAGAAGCGGCUCCUCUGCCGGGGUUCCUGCCUAGGCCUCUCUCUCCUCCUCCGGGGGAAGUCGCUGCCAUGUUGUCCCCGAGCUCGUCGUCUCUUCCUGCGGCCCCGGCACCCAGCUCCGGGAGCAGCAGCAGCUCGUCUUCAUCCAGCAACAGCCUGUCCUCCGGGGGCAGUCCGCCCGAGAGCCCCGACAACGGCGCCGUGGGAGGAGGUGCGGGCCCCGGGGGGCCACUGAGUGCGGUGAGCGGAGCCUUCCGAGAACUGUUCGAGGCGUGCAGGAACGGAGACGUGUCCCGGGUGCGGAAACUGCUGGAGCCCGGGAAUGUCAAUGCCAAGGACAUGGCAGGAAGGAAGUCUACCCCCCUCCACUUCGCAGCAGGGUUUGGAAGAAAAGAUGUUGUGGAGCACCUGCUGCAGACGGGAGCGAAUGUUCAUGCUAGAGACGAUGGCGGUCUUAUUCCCCUGCACAAUGCUUGUUCCUUUGGUCAUGCUGAAGUUGUGACCCUUCUGCUAUGCCAGGGUGCAGACCCCAAUGCCAGAGACAAUUGGAACUACACUCCUCUACAUGAAGCAGCAAUUAAAGGAAAGAUAGAUGUUUGUAUAGUAUUGCUGCAGCACGGCGCUGAUCCCAGCAUUCGGAACACCGAUGGCAAAUCAGCCCUGGACCUGGCUGAUCCUUCAGCAAAAGCUGUCCUUACUGGUGAAUACAAAAAGGACGAACUCCUGGAAGCUGCCAGGAGUGGGAAUGAGGAAAAACUCAUGGCUCUGCUCACCCCUUUAAAUGUGAAUUGCCAUGCCAGUGAUGGACGCAAGUCUACACCAUUACACUUGGCAGCAGGAUACAAUAGAGUCCAAAUUGUCCAACUGCUCCUACAACAUGGCGCUGAUGUGCAUGCAAAGGAUAAAGGCGGGCUUGUGCCUCUGCAUAAUGCUUGUUCCUAUGGACACUUUGAAGUUACAGAAUUAUUACUUAAGCACGGAGCUUGUGUCAAUGCCAUGGAUCUCUGGCAGUUUACACCAUUACAUGAGGCUGCAUCAAAGAAUCGGGUUGAAGUUUGCUCCUUGCUGCUGAGUCAUGGUGCAGACCCAACACUAGUCAAUUGCCAUGGGAAAAGUGCAGUGGACAUGGCUCCUACGCCAGAACUCAAAGAAAGAUUAACCUAUGAAUUCAAAGGACAUUCUUUGCUGCAAGCUGCCAGGGAGGCAGACCUGGCCAAAGUGAAGAAGACACUUGCUUUGGAGAUCAUCAAUUUUAAGCAGCCGCAGUCACACGAGACUGCACUGCACUGUGCAGUGGCCUCUCUCCAUCCAAAAAGGAAGCAGAUAACGGAGUUGUUGCUCCGGAAGGGAGCCAGUGUCAAUGAGAAGAACAAAGAUUUCAUGACACCUUUACAUGUAGCUGCUGAAAGAGCGCACAACGAUGUAGUUGAAGUUCUGCAUAAACAUGGAGCAAAGAUGAAUGCCCUGGACACACUUGGGCAAACUGCACUGCAUAGAGCUGCACUGGGAGGUCACCUGCAGACAUGUCGCCUUCUGUUGAGCUUUGGCUCGGAUGCAUCAAUCAUCUCUCUGCAAGGCUUUACUGCAGCACAGAUGGGAAAUGAAGCUGUGCAGCAAAUUCUAAGUGAAAGCACACCAGCCCGCACUUCUGAUGUGGAUUACAGACUGCUUGAAGCAUCAAAAGCAGGUGACCUGGAUACUGUAAAGCAGCUGUGCAGCCCCCAGAAUGUAAAUUGCAGAGAUCUUGAAGGCCGUCAUUCGACUCCAUUACACUUUGCUGCUGGUUAUAACCGUGUUUCUGUUGUGGAAUAUUUGCUACAUCAUGGUGCUGACGUACAUGCCAAAGAUAAGGGUGGCUUAGUCCCUCUACACAAUGCCUGCUCCUAUGGACACUAUGAAGUUGCAGAGUUGUUAGUGAGGCAUGGUGCCUCUGUAAAUGUUGCAGAUCUCUGGAAAUUUACUCCACUACAUGAAGCAGCUGCUAAAGGAAAAUAUGAGAUCUGCAAACUGUUAUUAAAGCACGGAGCAGAUCCAACCAAGAAAAACAGAGAUGGCAACACACCUCUGGAUUUGGUAAAAGAUGGGGACACAGACAUACAAGAUUUAUUACGAGGCGAUGCUGCUCUGCUCGACGCUGCUAAAAAAGGAUGUUUAGCAAGAGUACAAAAGCUUUGCACACAAGAAAACAUCAACUGCAGGGACACUCAAGGGAGAAACUCCACCCCUCUGCAUCUAGCAGCUGGUUACAACAACCUUGAGGUGGCUGAAUAUCUCCUAGAGCAUGGUGCCGAUGUAAAUGCACAGGAUAAAGGAGGUCUUAUUCCCUUACACAAUGCAGCAUCAUAUGGGCAUGUUGACAUUGCAGCAUUAUUGAUAAAGUACAACACUUGUGUGAAUGCCACUGAUAAAUGGGCAUUCACCCCCCUACAUGAGGCAGCCCAGAAAGGAAGAACACAGUUGUGUGCUCUGCUAUUAGCUCAUGGUGCAGAUCCCACAAUGAAGAACCAGGAAAGCCAAACGCCGCUAGAUUUAGCUACAGCUGAUGAUAUUCGAGCUCUGCUAAUAGAUGCAAUGCCUCCUGAGGCUUUACCCAGCUGCUUUAAACCUCAAGCUACAGUCGUCAGUGCCUCAAUAAUUUCACCAGCAUCUACACCCUCCUGUCUGUCCGCUGCCAGCAGCAUUGAUAAUCUAACUGGUCCCUUGGCUGAUCUUGCUGCAGGAGGAUCUUCAAAUGCUGGUGAUGGAGCUGCAGGGACAGAAAGAAAAGAAGGUGAAGUCGCAGGUCUUGACAUGAACAUCAAUCAGUUUCUGAAAAGCCUGGGUCUAGAACACCUUCGGGAUAUCUUUGAAACUGAACAGAUCACAUUAGAUGUGCUGGCAGACAUGGGACAUGAAGAGCUGAAGGAGAUUGGAAUUAAUGCUUAUGGUCAUCGGCACAAGUUAAUCAAAGGGGUUGAGAGACUUUUGGGGGGCCAACAAGGAACCAAUCCUUAUUUGACUUUUCACUGUGUAAGCCAAGGCACUGUUCUCUUGGAUCUUGCUUCAGAUGAUAAAGAAUAUCAGUCCGUCGAGGAAGAGAUGCAAAACUCUAUCCGUGAACACAGAGAUGGGGGCAAUGCUGGUGGGGUUUUCAACCGCUACAAUGUGAUCAGGAUUCAGAAGGUUGUAAAUAAAAAACUCAGAGAAAGAUUCUGUCACCGCCAAAAGGAAGUAUCUGAAGAAAACCAUAAUCACCACAAUGAACGAAUGUUGUUCCACGGUUCUCCCUUUAUCAAUGCAAUCAUUCACAAAGGCUUUGAUGAACGACAUGCUUACAUUGGAGGCAUGUUUGGUGCUGGCAUCUAUUUUGCUGAAAAUUCUUCAAAAAGCAAUCAGUAUGUCUAUGGCAUAGGGGGAGGAACUGGGUGCCCGACACACAAGGAUAGAUCCUGUUAUAUUUGUCACAGACAAAUGUUGUUUUGUAGAGUGACACUUGGAAAAUCUUUCCUGCAAUUUAGCACUAUGAAGAUGGCACAUGCCCCUCCAGGUCAUCAUUCUGUUAUUGGCAGGCCUAGUGUAAAUGGACUAGCAUAUGCAGAAUAUGUAAUCUACAGAGGAGAACAGGCUUACCCAGAAUAUCUCAUCACAUACCAGAUUGUGAAGCCAGAAGCUCCCUUACAAGCUGCCACAACAGCAGAGCAAAAAACCUAGUUGAUUUCUAAGGACUCAUUAAAAUGAACAGCUACAACAGAGUGACUCUAAGAGACUGGAUAAAAGUGUUAUAUUGAUGGUGGAUGCACUCCCACUGGCUACUGUUCCUUUAAUGAAGAUGUUUACAAGGAGCUGCCUUUUUAAUAACGUUUCUCAGGCUCAUUUUUAGUAGGUCAUCCAAGGCAAACCACGUAUUUGCAAAAUAUUAUAAUUUGAGAUGUUAGCAGCAUUAUACUAUGUGUUGCCACAUCAUUUCCAAAUCUGUUUGAGUGUUACAUGUAUGUGUAAUGUUUCUGUGAUUAUUUUAAAGGUUACCUGUCAAUUGCUUUUAUGCCUAUAGCACCACUGUCUUAUACUGUAGUUGAUUAGUGUUCUAAGCAUGUGCCUCUAAUAUAUUAUUAGUUGUUGCAUUCUUUGAUCACAUGUGCUGUAUGUAAAUCGGCUAAUAGCAGUCGUGGAAAUCAUGCUGCAUGGCGCUUUCCCUAGGAACAGCUAUUUUGGCUUGAUUAAUGUCCCUGAGACCAGGCAUUAUUAUCACAAGCCUGCUCUAAAUCUAACACAUGUGGCAAAGAAUUAGAAUGCAACUGCACACGUUUGGGACUUAGAGGAUGUGAUGAUGUAUUCUUUCCCUUAGGGCCACCAAACAAGCCAGAAUGGGUAUGUUUAGAAAUGUGACUUUUCAGCCAAUCGACUUCACCUCCAUGACUGAGACAAGGUAAAUUACAUCCAGCGUGUGGUCACAGUUAUUCUUCUAGAUAAUGCAUCAACUAAUAACAUGCUAUAUGUAGGGACAUGUUUAGAAAGCUAAAAGCCUACUAUAUGUAGGGAGAUGUUUAAAAAAAAAAGCUAGAAGACUACUGUAAAAGGCAAUGGUAGUGCUUUAGGGACAUAAGUUACUUACAGGUGUUCAUUAAUAUACAGUCAUCUUAAGGUCCUUGCUAUUUAUUUGUUUUUAUAUGUGUUUAUAAAUACACUAAAGUGAGCUGAAAUCUUAAAACAUUAUUUUCUUUUCCUUUGCACAAAGGUGAGUUCAUAAACAAUGCAAUAUUUACUUGGAACAAGUCAGAAUAUUUGAUAAAUGUCUUUUAAUAUAUUUGCACUUUUAUGAAUAACUAUAUUGUCUACAUAUGAAGGAGGAACAAAGAGGCAUAAAACACUAAAGCAGCUAAAAUUUUCUCUAAGAUGGAUAUACAGGAAAGUAAAAACAUUACCAAAGCCAAACUUGCUACAUACCAACACAGAGAUGCAUAUAUUUAAAUGGGUUAUGUAGGAUUUGUUUAGUUAUUCCCUUUCCUCAGGAUAGGCCAUCAAUAUUAUAUUGUUGAGGGUGUGACCUUGUGUUUGAGGAGGCCAUUGUUAACAUCAGAUUUUACUGUGGUUUUUACUAAAACAUGCAAUAUUUUUCAUAAUAGCCGUAAUGAUACCAAACACAGCCAAUACUAAAAAUGACAGCAAAACACAGUUUUAACCAAGGUAAACAAAGACAAGGCUUCGUACAGUUGAUCACCGUGGUUGCAGAAAGUUGGACCCCCUCUGAUAUAAAAUUAAUGGCCUAAAAGUGCAUUAAAGAGUUAUUCCAGCUUCUGAAAAUAAAGCUUAGUCAUUGUAUUAUGAAAAGAUGAAAGGGGUAUUCCGGUGGAAGCCUUUUUUUUAUAUAUUUAUUUAUUUAUUUAUUUUUUAA